AUGUAUCAGCCACCUGAAAAAGGCUAUGAGGAGGUGAUACUGAUUCCCAAAGGAUCUGUCCGCAUUGAUAUCCGGGAACUUAAUCAUUCUCUGAGUUAUCUUGCUCUGAGAGGAGAAAAUGAUGAAUAUUUUGUCAACGGGAAACUUUCGAUCGACCCUCCCCGGCGCUUUGACAUUGCGGGAACCACAUUCCACUACGGGCGCUCUCAGGAUGAACCGGAGUCUCUCGAGGCCCUGGGCCCAACUAACAUCACCCUGGUCGUUAUGGUUCUUGUGCGAGAAGAACUGCAGAGGAUCCGGUACAAGUUCAAUGCACCCAUUGUUCGCAAUUCCAUGGCCCAAUAUUUAUGGCAGUACGUCUCAUGGACAAAGUGUUCGGCCAUUUGUGCUGGAG